CCCGAGCUCCCGCCCCCGGCCGGCCCCGCCCCGGCCCGUAAGAGGCCCCCUGGGCGCCUGGCGAAAGCGCACAGUGCUGCGCGGGGGCCGGGGCCAGGACCGCGAUGGCGGCUCAGCGGCUGGGCAAGCGGGUGCUGAGCAAGCUGCAGUCUCCGUCGCGGGCCCGCGGGCCGGGGGGAAGCCCCGGGGGGCUGCAGAAACGUCACGCGCGUGUCACCGUCAAGUAUGACCGGCGGGAGCUGCAGCGGCGGCUGGACGUGGAGAAGUGGAUCGACGGGCGCUUGGAGGAGCUGUACCGCGGCAGGGAGGCAGACAUGCCUGAUGAGGUCAACAUUGAUGAAUUGUUGGAAUUAGAGAGUGAAGAGGAGAGAAGCCGGAAGAUCCAGGGACUCCUGAAGUCGUGCAAGAACCCCACAGAGGACUUCGUCCAGGAGCUGCUGGUGAAGCUUCGAGGCCUCCACAAGCAGCCAGGUCUCCGCCAGCCCAGCCCCUCUGGUGACAGCAGCCUGAGCCCCCUCCAGGGCCCGGCCCGGACCGCGCCACCCUGACCUUCUCGCCUCUGCGGCCCCCUCCCUUCUCCCCUUCACUCCACACCGUCCUGGCUUGUUUAUAAGUUGUAUGUAAUGGUUCUAUAACAACACUGCGUGCCUGUUUUUCCUCUCCCUGAUCACUGGGCUUCCCCGAGCUCCC